AUGAGUGCACAAAAUCGCGAAGAUACGGUUGGUAAGGAAGGCUCCAAGGAACCGAUCAUGACCUACGAAGUUGAAAAGAUUUCCCCGAUAAAAGUCGUCGGCAUAGGGACAGACGGUGAUAUCCGUGGUUCGUGGAUUAUCGAAACCUCGACUACUCAGUCUCCUACAACUACCGAAACUCCUACGACGACUGUUUCUACCCGCAGUACACCGCCACCCGUUACUACACCCAAACCUUCAGCCAAGUGGGUCAAAACUUACGGGAACCAUGUACCGUCCAAUGCCAUCCCUGCCGGUAAAAUUGAUAACAGGCGCGUACAGUUUAUUGGCGUACAGUAUUACAAAGAUGAUCUGAUCCCGGGAGCCGUUGUACAAAUCGCCGGCGUCUGCUACGUAGCUUCGCACGGUCAAUCCCAUUAUGUCUUAAAUUACGAGGUUCUAGUCGCCACCAAGGGUAAGUUCGUGCCGACCACCCUAGGAAAUAUACCAGCAAACGCACUACCGGCAGGAAAGACGGCUAAGGGAGAAAUUCUCUAUAUCUGUCGUGCGGACCACAAAGGCAUGAAGCUGGUGGGCAAGGCGCAGAAAUCACAAGAACGGUGCUUCGUUGGCUACAAUGGUUUAGAGCUCAAGUUCUCCAAAUAUGAAAUCUAUGUCUAUUAA